GCUUGUUGUUGAGCUGCAAUAUUCUGGCCCAGGUGGGCCCCCGGCCAGCUUCCCUUGGAGAGCGAUUUGGGCAACCCGCUCUCCUGGGAACGCCGAGGAGGAGGAGGACGGGGCUUUCAUUUUAAGUAACCCCAACACGACACACGAUGGGAAGCGCAGCCCCUGCCUGACAGAUGGAGAGGGAGGGAGGACGAGCGGCGGCCGGGCAGGAUCCAGGUGCCUCCGGAAGGUCUGUAAGAUGCAUUGCAGCUGUGUCCCCGAAGCGACGGCUGCUCUCUCAAGCUCCUACUGGAUAUCAGGUGUGGCCUUCCCAGACUGGGCCUACAAGGCCGAAUCCAGCCCGGGCUCCCGCCAGAUCCAGCUGUGGCACUUCAUCCUGGAGCUGCUGCAGAAGGAGGAGUUCCGGCACGUCAUCGCGUGGCAGCAGGGCGAGUACGGGGAGUUCGUCAUCAAGGACCCCGACGAGGUGGCUCGGCUGUGGGGCAGGAGGAAGUGCAAGCCCCAGAUGAACUACGACAAGCUGAGCCGGGCCCUCAGGUAUUAUUACAACAAGCGCAUCCUGCAUAAAACCAAGGGGAAAAGGUUCACCUACAAGUUCAACUUCAGCAAACUGAUCUUCAUCAACUACCCGUUGUGGGGCGUCCCGUCCCCUGCCAGGCCACUGUUGAUGGGAGCAGCUGGGAUGUACCGGCCACACGGAGGCUCUGCCCACCGCCAGGCGGAGCUUCUCCAGAGCAUGGUCUCAGCCAGACGGGCCCGCCCUGAGCACCUUGCUUUCCCCAGGGGCAACCAGGAGCUGAGCGACGUGGAGGAGGCUCGGGACAAGAUAGGGGCAAGUGCCAGCAGCUGUAAGUGUGGUGGGGGCUCCCGGGGAGGGAGGGGAGGUCUGUGGGGACCCCCGGCAGGUUGGGGGAUGGGCAGCCCAACGCCUCCUGUUCUCCGGGCCCGAAUUCUGGCUCAACUUACAUUUGACCUAUCCGUUCCACGGCCCAUUUCCGUGGAGCAUUUAAGUUCCAAGUACCGGAGGACCCGGCAGCUCUGCUCGCUGCCCCAGGACCCCCUCUCCCGUUCGCCCUACUUCUCUGGCCAUUUCUUCCACCGAGGCCAAGCUGUGAUGACCGUGGGCGAAAGAGCCGUGCUCCAGAGCCAGCCGGGUCUCCCCAGAUCUGAGCACCUCCUGAUGGGCACGGUGGACCCUCUCCGUGGGAAGCACCGGGGAGCCUUCCUUGGGCACCCGUGGGUGUCUCAGGGCUACGCGAGUGCACCGAGGAGGCCGGAGUUCCUUCCUCGCUCGCCUCUGUCUCCUUGGGAAGAAGACGAGCUGAAGGAGGCUCGACAGGGUGCUAGUCCCUCUGGUGGGGCCAGGCUUGGGGGGAAACCUGAGCCGGUGCUGCAGGCCAGGUCCUGCAACACAGGCAAACGGUUGCUGGCCCCCCACGCCUCGCGGCGCUCGGGGGGCGCCCGGGAGGCGAGCGGGGGGCGCCGGGCCCACCCGGCCCACCCGGCCCACCCGGCCCCGAAGCCCUGCGCGGCCAGCGGGCGCCUGAAGCCGGGCGCGGGCGCCGUGCGAGAAAGCCGCCCCCGGGGCCAGGAGGAGCGGGAGGAGGAGCCGCCGCCGCCGCCGCCGCUGCUCCCUCCGGCGGGGGAGGCGAUGCAGAGGCAGCCGCCGCAGCCGCAGCCGCAGCCGCAGCCGCCCCGCUCCCCGCCGCCGCCGCCGCCGAACAGCUGGUAA